GAGUACAAUCACUUCGGUCACAUUCAGUACAGCGACCACGACAUCUCUUUUGAAUGUACCAUCUGAUGCAACUAAAUCGAGCAUAGUCGAACCACGUAAAAGUGAAAACAAAGACGUUUCCGCAUCCGCUGCAUCCAGUACAACUGUAACAGGCUUUACACUUUCUACAACCGUCUCAUCUCCUUCGAGCACUAUCGUUACUCCAACCGUUACGUCACAAAAUGAUAAGCCGCAAACGAGCACUGAUAGUGAAAUCAAAACGGUGCCUUCACCAACAGUUACAUUCAACCUACCGACCACUACGUCUCCAACUAUUGCUGCAACUUCAACACCGGCUACUACAUCAGCCUCUGCUCCUCGACUGGGAGGGUUUUCAUUUCCGGCCACCGGUCCACCAACGUUUACAUCGUCUUUGGCUGCAAAACCGGCCACAACGGAAGCCGUGCCAACUUCAAAGGUGGAAGAAACCAAAGCAGCCGCACCGACUUUCUCAUUUGGACUGGCUAAAUCAACUGGUAAUACCACAUUGCCUUCGUUUGCUCCACCCACAUUUGGCUCGAACACACAGGCCAAAACAGAAACGACCACAACUCUAUCGAGUAGUGUGCUAGCGACAUCUGCUCCUCCUGCAUACAAUUUUGGGAGCCCAGCAACAAAACCACCUGCAUUGCCUGCAAACACAGGAAUUUCAUUCGGUAUUCCAAGCAGCAGUGUGGCCAGUACAACCACAAAUACACUUGGCACUUCGAGUACAGGCACAGGACUAUUCGGAUUUGGAGCGGUAGCUAAAACGACCACUCCUUCAGCCGCGACAGUCACAAGCACCCCUGCUACCAAUGCAUUUGUUUUCGGUUCCGGGCCCGGUGCAAAUGCUACGGCUACACCGGCCCCCACAUUCGGACUCACAAACACCAAUGUUACCACCGCAAGUGGAACCACAACUUCAAAUCAAGCACCAUUUUCGUUUGGAGCUACAGCAAACACCAGCAAACCAGAAACGGGCGCUUUUCAAUUCGGAAACACCACAACAAAUGCUACAACUUCACCACUAGCAUUUGGUUCUCCGUCUCCGUCUGCUGGCACAGCAGCUCCAUCGACUGGAUUAUUCGGAACAGCGAACACAACCAACCCAACUACGACCACUCAAAGUGCAUUCGGAGCGUUCGGAGCAAAUAAGCCGAAUGCAGAUGCCAAACCAUUAUUCGGAACGGCAACCACACAACCGAACAGUUUUGGGUCAUUUUCCGCUCCGAAAUUUGGCGAUAAAAACGCAACACCAACCUUUGCUGGCAUUUCAAGUAGUACUCCAACAACGACCAGUUCAACGAGUAUAUUUGGAAGCUCUCAAGCGGCCCCUGUUUUUGGAUCCAGUAAUGUUUCAUCGACACAAUCGAAAACCGACAAUGUUUUUGGCACAGCAACCAAUCAGAACGUAAAUACUCCAGUUUUCGGCAGCCAAAAUCAAACAAACACAUUUGGCAAACCAACAAUGAAUGCGCCUACAUUUGGAUCGUCGAAUAGCAGCAAUAUAUUCGGAAGUGCCCCGAGUACACAGAGUCAGCCUGCGUUUGGCACGACCAACAGUAUAUUUUCAACGCCAACAACAGCGGCCAAUCCGAGUCAAACAUCGAAUAGUGCAUUUGGAUCGCCGGCUACUGGUGUGUUUGCUUUCGGUCAAAAUACUUCACAACCACCAGCGACUACAGCAUCGACUGGGAUCUUUGGCACUGCAAACACGAACACAAACACUACACCCAAUUCGCCGUUCGUGUUCGGACAAAGCAAUACAGCAAUUCAACCGACAACACCGAGUCAAUCAAGUGGAAUAUUCGGUGCAAAACCAGCAGAAAAUACGGCAUUGAGUGCACCUCCUGCAUUCGGAAGCACUUCGCCUGCCUUCAACUUUACGGCCAAACCUGCGUUUGGAAACCAAGUAGAAACAAAACCAGCACCAUUUUCAUUCUCAUCCAACAAUACACCAUCAAAUGUUGCAACAUUCGGAUCCGCACCAGCUCCUGCUACUGCGCCCACUCCUCAAUUUGGUGUGGCGAAUGGAAUAGGAUCAUCGUUUUCAUUCGGUUCAGCCAACAGCCAACCAGAAGCAGCAAAACCGUUUAACUUCGGCGGACCAGCAACGGCUCCAGCCACAGCGCCUACAUCAUUUGCGUUUAAUUCACCGAAUCAAGGAGCACAGAACGCCUUUCAGUUCAGUGCAUCACCACAGCAACCGGCAAAUAUUUUCAGCAUAGGACCGGGCAGUGGAUCGAACACAGCAAAAACUGGAAGGCCAAUGCGAACCGCCGUUAGACGAAUGAAAUAAGCCCUUUGUACAUAUUAAUUGCGAUAAUCUUAUUUUUGUGCUAUAAUUUCGAAGAAAUAAAAAAAAAUAUUUUCAUUUUAAAAAUUAAUAACAAAAA